GCGGGGGCCGAUGGGACCGGCCGAGGUUGUUGCCGUGGAGCCGCAGGCGCCGAGUGAGGCGUCCAAAUCGUCCAUGGAGAAACUACCCAACGAGAGGUUGCGGCUGCUCGUCUGCUUCCUGGGAGUUUUCGUCUGUUAUUUUUACUACGGGAUUUUACAGGAGACGAUAACCAGAGGCAAAUAUGGAGAACAGCAGGAAUCAUUCACUUAUGCAAAAUCACUUGUGUUUGUGCAGUGUAUUAUUAAUGCCAUCUUUUCUAAAUUAAUAAUACAAGUCUUUGAAAAACCUUCACCUGAACGAACGCCACGUUGGCUGUAUGCAGUUUGUUCAAUGUCCUACUUAGGAGCAAUGGUGUCUAGUAAUUCUGCGCUCCAGUAUGUAAACUAUCCAACACAGGUUCUAGGAAAAUCAUGCAAACCUAUUCCAGUGAUGGUUUUAGGAGUCCUUAUUGGAAAGAAAAGAUAUCCAAUCACCAAGUAUCUAUGUGUGCUGCUCAUCGUUCUUGGAGUGGCAUUAUUUAUGUACAAACCCAAAAAAGGAAUUGGCAGUGCAGAUGACCACAUCUUUGGAUUUGGGGAAACACUGUUAUUAAUCUCCUUGACCUUGGAUGGAUUGACUGGAGUUGCACAAGAUCACAUGCGAGCUAAUUUCCAGACUGGUUCAAACCAGAUGAUGCUGAAUAUAAAUGUUUGGUCCAGUUUUUUCCUGGGAAUAGGUGUCCUGUGUACUGGAGAAUUAUGGGAAUUUCUGAAUUUCAUUGAGCGCCACUCCAGUAUUCUCUACCAGAUACUUCUAUUUAGUUUAACUAGUGCCCUAGGCCAGAGUUUCAUCUUUAUGACUGUUGUUUACUUUGGACCUUUAACCUGUUCAAUCAUUACUACAACCAGAAAGUUCUUUACUAUCCUUGGUUCUGUACUUAUUUUUGGUAAUCCGAUUAGCUCUUUGCAGUGGUUAGGCACUGUCUUUGUAUUUUUAGGGCUUGGUUUAGAUGCCAAAUAUGGAAAGGCAACUAAAAAACUCAUCACUAAACACUGAAGUCAUUAUUUAAUCAGAAGAUUUUCAUCACCAAUUAUGAACUUGAUUUAUUGAUUUUUAAAUUCCUUGAUAUGGCUGUUAUGUCAUCUAAAUGUUGGAAUGGUUCAUUUUUUAAAAAAUAACAAUUUGUUUCCAAACUUUUUGUAUGCCCAUGUGAGUAGUUUAAAGUUUUACACCCGCACUUUGUGUAAUACUUAACUUAUUAUCAUGGAUAUGUUUAUUAAGUAUGACCUCGUAUCAGGCUUGACUUGCAAAUGCUAUCAAUAAAGUUCUAGUACUGAUUAUGGUUGUCAAAAUUUGGCAUGGAUUGUUAUGCAAAAAUCCUGAAUUUCUAAAAAGAUAAAAUUGUUCUUGUUAAUUUUGUUAUAUUGUGUCUGUGUGUGUAGUGCCUUCUCAAUCAUUUUGCUUACAUGAGUUUUUAUAGCAUUUGUCUCCAUUUUUAAUUGUUUUAUGAAAAAUUCCAGAAGCCUCCUGUCCUCAUGUUUUAAAAUGACAUUGUCUAUAGUGCCAUGAAAAAGGUCAGUGGUUCUGUACAAUUUGGAUACUGAUAUGAUUAUAUAAUUAUAACUUAAAGUUUCAUCAUUUGAUUGCUAGUCUACAUGACCCAGUUUAAAACACCUCAAAGGCAUUUAUUUCAAUCCUACUCAAGCCUUAUAAAAGCAAGAGAAUCCAGAUGCUGGAAAUCUGAAAUAAUAGCUGAAAAUACUCAGUCAGUCUGGCAACAUGUAUGGAGAGAGAAACAGAGUUAACGUUCAAAGGUCAUCGACCUGACCUGAGUAUUUCCAGCAUGUUCUAUUUUUAAUACCCAAGUUUUUAAAUUGUUUCAAAAAAGCUCCCAAAAUGUAAUAAGGGGUAACAAUUAAGAACCGAUUCAUAUAAAAAAAUCAUUAACUGUAGAGAUUAUUUUUAACUCCAGCUUCUGUACUUUGAAGCAAAAGUAGUUAGCAAUUCCUAUUUGCUACUGCCCAAAGUUUACUGUAGUCUGUGUGAAAUUGAGCACAGCUUAUUUAAUGCCAUUUUAAUUUACAUUUAACUGUACUGUGUGCAAAGUGAUCUUUAGUAAUGACUUGGGAGGGAGAAAGAAAUGGUACAUUACAUGUUGGGAAACUAACCCACCACAAUCUGAUUUCAUUACAUUUUAUUAUGGACAGCCCAUGUCAGUGAGCCAUCUGUUCUUUGCCCAUUGUCUCACAUGGUUCACAGUAUGACUUUUGUCUGUUGUGGAAGUUUUCCAAGAAACAAAUAAUCAUCUAUUUUCAAAAUAAAAGCAUUAAACAAGGUCUUUAUUGUAAUAUAUUUUGUACGUUUUUAUAUCGUUGGAAUUACUGUGCGCACCAUUGAAGGUAAAUAAUCAAAAUGGUUCUUGUUAGAGCAGAGGAGAUGAGGUAUUAAAUUUGAAAGCGGUGUUUAUAGUUAUGAAUGGUUGGAGCAGAGUACAUAAAACAAUUUUUAGUCAUCAUGGAUCCAGAAAAAGUCAAUAUAGGUAAAAGAUUAAAUGUGAGAAAUUUAGAUGGGGAGCAGGAGAAAGUUUUUGCAAAUGGUUCUGAGACUGGAACACGCCAUUGCAAUUAGUAAUUGAAACAAAUAGGUAGUUGAAAGAAAGGGGCAAACAGAGGAUAUAGAAUGGACACAUGAGAUAGGAUUACUGCUUCUAUGGAGAAUGAAAAAAAAAUGUGGACUGAUUGGGCCAAUGGCUUGUUCCAUGCUAGAAUUCCCUAUAAAUAGAGUCCACUCCAGUUACUGAGUUAAAGGGUAGAAAAAGAUGAGCUUCUAUAGCAGAAUAAGGUAUCGGUUAAUCCUAUAAAUACCUGUACUAUAAGUUUUGAUUUCAUUUGGGUAGUCUUUGUGACAUUGAGGGGCAAGAGUAGUCUUUCUACAUCCAUAGGUCGUCAUCUGGUUGAUUUCUCACUUUGGAAGUGAUGUAUAGCAUAAGAGGUGACAGAGGUAGCCUUGACAAUUUAUGGGGAGUUGUUAAAUGCCAUCUAUGGAAGUGAUUUAGUGACUGAGUUUUCCAACUUUUUGGAGCAAGAUGCCAGAUCUUUGUGAUAUAAUCAGUAAGUGGUCAUGGCUGAAUCUAGAUGUAUUUGUACUUAUCUUUAGUAUAGAUGUAAAACAGAAAUCAGUUUGCUUGACGUUGAAGGGGCAUUUCUGUCCUGCGCUCUCUGGUUCCGCUUCCUGGAGCCACAAAUAAGCAAAAUGAGCACUAUUCAUGAAAAACACCCUAGAGGCAGCUGAUCCUUGUCUGGGUUCACAGGUAUUUCAUAUCUCAGGCAAUUCUAUAGGCUUUGACAGAAGGAACACAUGGGGUCAAGAUGCAGUUUCAGAUGCUGCAUUGCUUGCUUUGUAACAGGACUCGCAUCAGCAAUCCACUGUUUUCUAGGUCCCUAGAGAAGGAGGAAAGCAAUGACGUGCAUUUAACUGUUUUGAACUUUGAAAACAAUAUUUAUAGCACUUUCGCUUUAUAUGCUGAGGCGAGUGUGACUGGGGGUAAGACUGCGUUGAUCGUUUUUGUUCUCAUUGUAUUUGAUCCAGUUAUUGUUUGUUUCCUGGAUUGGGGAGUGAAUAAUACACAAUGAUAUAUUUAAAGUCAAAAUACAUUGUUGUUUCAUAUUUUUGGUCUCAAAGUUCAAAUAAAAACAAUUUUCAAUAA